UACGUGGGUACCCCUUUGGAAAAAAGGAAAGAAUGCUACUGAAUUAUUCAGCUGUGGGUCCUCCUUCAAUCCAUCCAGUGGUGGAGGAACCGUCGGCUCCCCAUUUUGUCAAGGAAAUGCAUGGAUGUCCUUUGAAAGCAGAUGAGAAGACAUCACACUAUCCAUUUUCACCAACAAGCACUCAACAGAGUUAUUGGACUUGCCAUGGUUCAAGCUAGCUUAAUAACAAACGUAGUAGAGAAUUUUGCACUGCCAUAGACACAGUUACAUCAACUCAACCCAUCAAUCACCCUGAAGCUAUAGUCUCCAAUUGAAUUGUACUUUGGCAACAGAUGAGAAGAUAUAUCACACCUUCCAUCUUCACCAACAAGCACUCUACAGAGUUAUUGGACUUGUAAUGGUACGUACAAGCGUAUUGCCUCUUUGUCUAAUCCUUGUUCUCUUAUCUUACUAUUUUUGUACCAUAGAAAUUUGCACUGCCAUAGACACAAUUACAUCAACUCAACCCAUCAAAGACCCUGAAGCUAUAGUCUCCGAUGCUGCCACCUUCAAACUGGAAUUUUUUAGUCCUGUUAAUUCUACCAACCGGUAUGUUGGUAUCUGGUACAACGAGAUCUCUGCGAAUGCUGUGGUAUGGGUCGCCAAUAGAGAUAAACUUCUCAAUGACACUUCUGGGACACUGACAAUAUCCAAGCAUGGAAAUCUUGUAGUCUUGGAUGGACAGAAACAGAUUGUUUGGUCAUCAGAUGUUCCAAAUUCUUUGACGAAUUCAAGUGCCUGGCUUUCAGAUUCUGGGAAUCUUAUCUUGCGAGAUGGCUCCAAUGGAAACAUAAUAUGGGAGAGUUUUGAACACCCUUCUGAUUCUUUCUUGCAGGGGAUGAAACUUAGUACCAACAAGUUUAAAGAUGAGAAGGUUCAGCUGACCGCAUGGAAAAGCCCUUCAGAUCCAUCCACUGGAAGUUUCACUUUUGGCAUCAAUCCUCUGAAUAUUCCAGAAAGUUAUGUAUGGAAUGGUAGUCAUCCAUACUGGCGCAGUGGCCCAUGGAGUGGGCAGAUUUUUAUUGGCAUACCUGGCAUGAUUUCUGCAUAUUAUGGCAGAUUUGAAAUUGUAGAUAAUAAUAACGAAGGAACCGCAGACCUAAGUUACACAUAUACAAACAAGUCUUCUCUGUUAUGCCUUACCUUAAUUUCUAACGGAACUCUAAUUCAGAAGCAAAAGGAGGUAGGAAAGGGGACUUGGGAAACUAUGUGGUCCUCUCAAGAAACUGAAUGUGACGCAUAUGGCAAGUGUGGUCCAUUUGGAAGCUGCAAUAUUGUAAAGGGUUCACCAAUUUGCACCUGUUUACAAGGUUUUGAUCCAAAGGAUAGGGAUGAAUGGAGUAGAGGAAAUUGGACCAGUGGAUGUGUAAGGAGGAGGCAAUUGCAGUGUGAGAGAAACAACAGUGAUGGUGGUGAGAGGAGCAAAGAAGAUGGGUUUCUGAAGCUAAAGACAGUGAAAGUGCCGGCCUUUGCUGAGUUGCUAAUUGCUUCACAAGAUAACUGCAAUAGCCAGUGCUUGAAUAAUUGUUCUUGUAUAGCUUAUACAUAUUAUAGUGGCAUUGGUUGUAUGAAGUGGAGUGGAGAAUUAAUUGACAUAAAGGAAUUUUCCUAUGGUGGGGCAGAUCUUUACAUUCGUGUGGCAGAUUCAGAACUUGAAAAGAGGAGAAGCUCUAAACUAGUUGUCAUAAUUGCAGUGCUCGUAGUGUCAGUAACUGUUGCAAUCUGCGUCUAUCUUUCCUGGAGGUGGAUGGCUAGACGACGAGGAAGGAAGAAAAAAAGUGUCAUCUUGCUAACUGAAAGAGGGGAAGGGAAUCCAGAAUAUUGUUUGAAUCAAAACAUGCUUGGAGAUAAUUUGAAUCAAAUAAAAUUUGAAGAGCUACCUAUAUUCAGUUUUCAGAAACUGGCAAUUGCAACAGACAAUUUUGAUGUGGCUAAUAAGCUUGGGCAGGGUGGUUUUGGUCCAGUGUACAAAGGAAAACUGUCUAGCGGACAAGAUAUAGCUGUCAAACGGCUUUCGAUAUCCUCUGGACAAGGGUUAGAGGAGUUUAUGAAUGAGGUUGUGGUAAUUUCCCAACUCCAGCAUCGCAAUCUUGUUAGACUUCUUGGAUGUUGUGCGGAAGCAGAAGAAAAGAUGUUGAUCUAUGAAUACAUGCCAAAUAAAAGCUUGGAUGCAUUUCUCUUUGAUCCAAUCAAGAAAAAACUGCUUGAUUGGAAAAAACGUGCCAACAUUAUUGAAGGAAUUGGUCGAGGCCUUCUUUACCUUCAUAGGGAUUCCCGAUUAAAGAUUAUUCAUAGAGAUUUAAAGACGAGUAAUGUUCUGUUGGAUGAAGAUCUUAAUCCAAAAAUUUCAGAUUUCGGCAUGGCAAAGAUUUUUGGAAGCAACCAAGACCAAGCCAACACUAGAAGGGUUGUUGGAACAUACGGUUAUACGUCACCUGAAUAUGCAAUGGAAGGGCGAUUCUCGGAAAAAUCUGAUGUCUUUAGCGUUGGAGUAAUAUUGUUAGAGAUUAUAAGUGGGCGAAAGAACACUAGCUUUUAUCACGAUGAGCACUCCUUAAGCCUUCUAGGAUUUGCAUGGAAGUUGUGGAAUGAAGAUAGGAUUGUAAUGCUGAUAGAUCCAACAAUUUCUGAUCCACACUUCCAAGUGGAGAUCUUGAGAUACAUACAUGUAGGUCUGUUAUGUGUCCAAGAAUUCUCGAGAGAUAGGCCAACUAUUUCUACUGUUCUCUCAAUGCUUGGUAGUGAAAUUUCUAAUCUUCCAACUCCAAAGCAACCUGCCUUUACCGAAAGAGAGAUUCUCUCAAACAUAAGCUCUUCUCAACAGGACCAUAAGAGUUGUUCUGCAAACAAUGUCACAGUUACAGUCAUUGAAGGCCGUUAGCAUGUAUGUACCCUUUUGCUUGUUUCGUUCCUAAUGUACACUGCAAUUGAAUGUACAAAGUAAGUUUUGUUUUGCCCA